AUGGAAGGAGAUAUGAUAGAGGCAUCAACAUUUUUAAAAUUAAAAUGUUCACGUCUAGGAACACAACUAAAGGAUUUGGAAAAAAGGUUGUCUGCUGAAUUUUUGAGUAAUUGCCAUGAAGUGCAACUACAACUCUACAUCGACUCUCUUCAACAACUCAACACUAAGUUUGACGCAGCUCAAUCUAGUCUCGAACAGGAAGACUUCCAUGAACUGGAAAGUGAGGUGCGAGAUAACUUUGAACAGAAGCUGCCAGAACUUCAACUCCCGACCUUCAGUGGUGACAUCAAGGACUGGCCGCAUUUCAUUUCAAUGUUUGGAACAAUUGUUGAUGAAAGCAUUGAACUCAGCAAUCUCGAAAAACUUCAGCACUUAAGAUCUUGUUUGAAGGGCUCAGCGCUAGAUGCAAUAAAGUCACUUGAAGUCAGUGACGCUAACUAUGCUAAGUCACUUUUAUUAUUAUCUAAAAGAUUUGAUAACAAAAGGUUAAUCUUUCAGGCACACAUAAAGGAAAUAUUUGGGUUGCGACGUGUUGAACCAAACGCCGUUGUUGAUCUGCGACGCCUUAGUGAUAAAAUGAAUUCACACCUACAUGCAUUGAGCACGCUGGGCAGCAAGGAACAAAUUGCUGAUGGUCUCAUAGUACAUCUUGUUUCGCAAAGGCUAGAUCCUGCAUCUCAAGCAAAAUGGGAAGAAAAGGCUUCAAUUGAUGCAAUACCUACGUGGGAUCAAAUGGCAGAUUUUCUUGAUAAAAGAUGUAAAACUUUGGAGCAUGUUGAUUACGCCACAAAAUUUUCAGCACAUAACAAAACUAAGCAAAUCAAUCUCCAUCCAAUUGCCAGAAAAGUGUUCAUAGCAACAAACUCAAAGGGAUGUACAUUUUGUGAAAGUGAUGAUCAUUUCAUUAACUCCUGUUGUCAAUUUACAAAUCUUUCUCCAAAACUUCGUCUAACUAAAGCCAGAAAACUUAGCCUUUGUUUAAAGUGUCUAAAAAAGGGACAUCAAUUAAAACAAUGCAAGUCUUCGUUUUGUCGUAUUUGCUCAAGACCUCACCACACGCUCUUGCAUUUAAAUGAUCGUAUUAAUGACAGUACCUUUUCUUCAUCUAAUGAUGUACCAAUAGCUAAUCCGACGUCAAAUACUAAAUCUAAAGUUGAAUGUGUGCUUCUUGCAACUGCAAUCAUAUUAAUAAGAAAUCGUGCUGGCUCUUAUAUACCAUGCCGUGCUCUUCUGGAUUCAGCAUCGCAAUUACACUUUAUUACAAAAUCACUUGCCAACACACUUCAACUUAAAACAACAAAAUGUGCCACAGUAAUAUCAGGUAUUACAGAUAGAGAUUUUGUCGCUGACAACACUACUGAGUUAUCCAUAAAAUCACGUUUUGGCAAUUACACCAGUAGCAUCACCGCAGUGAUUACUUCUAAAAUUACUAAUCAACAUCCCAGCACAAAUGUUAAUACAACUGAUUGGAAUAUUCCAAAAAAUCUUCAACUAGCUGAUCCAGCAUUCUAUAAAUCACAACGUCAAAUCCGUUUAGCGCCUCAAUUACCAGUAUUACAAAAAACGCUUUUUGGUUGGGUAGUUUCUGGAGGUUACCAGCAUUCUUCAAUAUCAUCACUAGCCACAUUUAAAAAGUCAUCAAUUCCGGAUGAUCGGUAUCACUCCUUGGAUCAACAAGUAAGAAAAUUUUGGGAGCUAGAAAGUUGUUUUGAUCCUGUAAUCAAAAUUACGAAAGAGCAUUUAGAUUGUCAAGCCCAUUUCCAAGCACACUUUUCUCGAUUGGUAACUGGUGAGUACUCAGUUCGCUUACCAUUGAAAUUAAAUAUUCAGCUACUUGGUGACUCAUAUCAACAAGCUGCACGUCGUUUUUAUAAUCUGGAACGCAAACUACAACGAAACACUGAUCUAAAGACACAAUAUAGUGCAUUUAUGAAAGAGUAUCUGCAGCUUAAUCACAUGUCACCAUUAACUGAUGAAGAAUUAACUAGUCCCAAGUAUUUUUUGCCACAUCAUUGCGUCAUCAAAGAAUCAAGUUCAUCCACAAAACUCCGUGUUGUAUUUGAUGGGUCAGCAGCCACUUCCACGGGAUACUCUUUAAAUGAUAUAUUAAUGUCGGUAACUGCGGAUAUUUGCGACUGGGACGAAAGCCUUCCGAACCAACUCCACACUGCAUGGACUGACCUCUACAAUCGUCUCCAUAUAAUUCAAAGACUAGAAUUUCCUCGUUGUGUUUCAAUCUCUCAUGCAUCACUCGAAUUACAUGCCUUUUGUGAUGCUAGUUUGAACGCAUAUGGCGUUUGCAUCUAUGUUGUUUCGAAGCACGGAAGUUCUGCGUCUGCCAAUUUGCUUUGUUCAAAGUCUCGAGUAGCACCAUUAAAAACAUUGACAGUACCAAAAUUAGAAUCAUGUGCCGCAGCUUUAUUAGCUCAACUAAUUCACCAAAUUUCAAGUCUCAAUAUAUUUAACGCUGAAAUUCACUGUUGGUCUGACUCAUCUAUAGUGUUAUCCUGGAUCCGAUCUGAACCGUCUACCUUCAAUGUAUUCGUGGCCAAUCGAGUGAGCAAAAUUCAACAUUUGACUAAAUGGAUGACAUGGCAUCAUGUUCCCACUGAUUUAAAUCCCGCAGACAUCCUAUCUAAGGGAGCGACUCCAGACGAACUUUUAACUUCAUCACUUUGGCAAUGUGGACCUCCAUUCUUGCUUUAA